AUGGACCUUUCAGGCCCUCACUCUUUAAUGUUGCUUGCCACGUACAUUAAAGGACAAACACCCUUUCCUGAGUUUAGCUAUGUGCUGAUGUUGGAUGAUGUUAGCACUCUUUAUUAUAAUGGUGAAACCAAAACUUACGUUCCAAGAGGAAACACAACAGCUGAAGACGAUGUGUUUGAGACAAACGUUCUCCUCAAAAUCAGUAAUAACAUUCAGUUAUCUUUCAUGGAGAAAUGGGUCGUAGGAACAAACAAUAUAAAUAAAACUCAUGGAGUUCUUGUUCUUCAGAGGCUGGUUGUUUGUGAUCUUAAAGAUGAUGGUGAACCAGGAAAAAUGAUCACACGAGAUGCUUUCAGAGGAUCUACCACAGAUGAAUUGCAAUAUUUUGACAAGACGUUUACAUACCAGGGUACUUUAAAUGUCUCGGAUAACCUGCUAAAAAUCCAUCUUGAAGCCAGCAAGAGGAAUCAUGAAUAUUUAUACCAACCCUACUGCAUUAAAACACUCAAGGGUUACCUUAAAAAACGGACGAAUCAAGUCAACAGAAAAGUUAAGCCUCAAGUCAGACUCAUUCAGAAAGCCUCAGAUCUUGGAUGGUUUGUUGUGAGUUGUUUGGCGACAGGAUUUUACCCUCGUCACAUCAACCUGACCCUGUUGAGAGAUGGACAGCCUGUAUCUGAUCAUGAGCUCACUGGAGGAGAUCUGCUGCCCAAUGGAGACGGGACGUACCAGAUGAGGAAGAGUCUGGAGAUCAGAGCAGAAGAGAGAGAGAAACACAAAUACUCCUGCUCUGUUAAACACCUCAGUCUAGACAAUAAACUAGAUGUUGAUUUGGGUUAUAAAAUCUUCAUUAUAGUCCACAAUAUAACAAUAAAAAUCAAUAUUUAAAGUUAAUCUCUCAGU